UGUUCUGCCGCGACAUCACAGAAGAUUUUAGUUUGAGAGAAAAUCUUCAACCCGAUGGCAACGAUGGACUCGUUCUCUGAGACGGACCUGUUUUGUCCUCAGUGCAGUGGGAUUUUCUCUGUUCCUGUAAUAUUGAAGUGUGGGCACAAUAUUUGCCAGGCUUGUUUAAAAAAGUUCUGGGACUGGAAAGGACGCAAAGCUUGCCCAGUGUGCGGAUACUUGUCGGUUUGUAUCAAGCCUCCUAUCAAUCUGGAGCUGACAAAGGCAGCGAAAAAAUAUCGAACUCCAAUGAGCGACAGUACCAGAAACUCCUGUCUUAUUCACAACGAGAAGCUGAAGAUUUUUUGCCAUAAUGACGAGCAACUCAUCUGCCUUGUCUGCCAGUUGUCAAAACAGCACAAAGAGCACGAGUGCAGCCCGGUGGAGGAAGCUGUCCAACAGAAACAGACAGAGAUUUCAAACCAACUGGACUCCCUGAAGAGAAAACUGAAGAUACUGAACAAGACAGAGAAAAGCUGGGCGGAAACAAAAGUCUACAUCCAGAUUCAAGCGAAGGCGGAUGAGGCGGUAAUUAAAGAGGAAUUUGAAAAGCUCCACCAGUUCCUCCAGCAGGAAGAACAAACCAGACUGAAUGCACUUCAACAAGAGACAGAAACAAAGAUUGAUGUGAUGAGUAGGAAGCUGGAAACUAUCAGAGGACACAUCAAAGACCUUUCCUCCUCCAUCAGUGAUGUUGAGAAAAGACUCAAAGCACCGGAUUUGAUGUUUUUAGAGGAAUACAAGAACACAAAGGCAAGGGUCAAAUGCAACCUUCAACGGCCAGAGUGUAUUCAAGAUAUCCUGAUAAAUUCUGCAGAGCAUCUGGGAUCACUGGGGUUUGAAAUUUGGAAAAAUAUGGGACGGAUUGUCAAACAUGUUCCCGUCAUUCUGGAUCCAAACACAGCCCACCACAACUUGUCCAUCUCUCCAGACCUGAGCAGUGUGCAGCGCGGCAGGAAGAAAGUCAUGCCUGACAACCCGGAGCGCUGCACCGGCCAGAUGUGUGUGCUGGGAGCCGCUGGGUUCAAGUCUGGAAAGCACAGCUGGACCACCGAGGUGGGUCACACUAAAGACUGGUCCAUCGGUGUGGCCCUGGAGUCCUUCAAAAGAAAGGAAGUCGUCUCCCUCAAGCCUUCUGAGGGCAUCUGGGCAGUCAGCCUUUGCAAUGGGGACUCACUGUUUGCAGAAGCAUGUCCUCGCAGCAAGCUGCCCAUGAAGCACAAACCUGAGAAGAUCACCGUGGAGCUGGACUACGACAAAGGAAGGGUUGUCUUCAGCAAUGCUGCAGAUUCCACACCGAUCCAUACAUUCAAAGCUAAAUUCACAGAGCGGAUUUUCCCUUACUUCUCCCUCGGAUUGGCCGACGACGGCCAGAACGAGAGCAAACUAACAGUCUGUCCAAUGAGAAUCAAGGUGGAGGUAGAAUAAGCUCGGAGACAAGGGAUGUAAGGUGGUGUUCCCUGUAAUUUUUAGAUAGCACCAUGAAAAAAUAUGUACAGUAGGAGUUCAAAAAGUAUGUUUACCAUAGCAAAAUAAAAUAACUAAAGGUUUUGCUAACGUAAGCGUCAUAACGGUAACUUUUACAGUUGUGGUCAAAAGUUUACAUGCACUUGUAAAGAACAUAAUGUCAUGGCUUUCUUGACUCCGCAGUUAUUUCAAGUCUCUGAUGGAGUGGCUGGAACAGAUAUUUUGUCACAAAAAAGCAUUCAUGAAGUUUGGUU